CUUUGUAGCCAGGAGGUAGAUGAUAGAGGGCGCAAGUGUUCUUGUUGUUCGUGGCUACGGCGUGAGUUUCUUACAAUUAGUCAUAGGUUAUAGAAAUCCAAGCAAUCUUUGUUUAUUGGAGUGCAGGUAGUUAUUUGAAGCGCCGUUCAAAUGGCAGAUACCAAACCCAAAUCACCAUCGUCGGCUGCGAAGCCUUCGCGAGCAGCGAAAUCUGCUGCAACUGCUAGUAAAGACGAGAAGAAGAGGGGGAAACCCAGGAAUUAUGACCUAGGAAACGGCGUUUACCGCUUCAGCAGGGCGAGAAUGUAUCACAAGAAAGCUCUUUACAAGUUUGUUGGAAAGAAGAACGAGAAAAAGGUUAAACCCAAGAAGCCAACGCAUGUUGAGAAGCCGAUAGGUGGUGAGAAGAAUGGUGGUAAGCGUAUUGUGUUAAUCAAGAAGAGGAGGAAUUUCUACCCAACAGCAGACAGGAUUAAGAAGCGACCAAGCAAAAAACUGUUCAAGCAGCAUAAGCGCUAUACACGCAAAUCCCUAACACCAGGGACCAUUUGCAUUCUUUUGGCUGGGCCUCACAAGGGAAAGCGUGUGGUGUUGUUGAAGGUCUUGAAGAGCGGUCUGCUGCUUGUCAAUGGGCCUUUUAAAAUUAAUGGCUGUCCAUUGAGACGAGUAAGCCAGAACUAUGUUAUUGCUACCAGCACAAAGCUUGACUUUUCUGGUGUGCAGUUGCCUGAACAUAUAAACGAUGAAUACUUCAAGCGUAACCGACAGAAAAGAGCAAAGAAAGAAGAAGGUGACCUUUUUGCCACUAAGAAGCCUCAAUACAAACCAUCAGAACAGCGGAAGACUGACCAGAAGUUGGUUGAUAAACUGGUCAACGGUGCUAUUCGGAAACAUCCAGAUAAGAGACAUCUGUUCGCAUAUCUGUCUGCUAUGUUUGGCCUACGAAGCAGCCAGUACCCACACAGGCUUCAGUUCUAAAUUUGUAUUAUGAAAAUAUAUGAUUGAAAUAAACAUAUUAAUCAUAAAUAA